AUGGCCGUCUGCUUGCGCCUCUACAAGCAGCUCUUCCAGGCGGCGCUCAUCGACGCCGCGCGCCUCGAAGCCUACCUCUGGGACGAUCCACUGCACGGCAUGAUGCUCCCAGAGCUCUCCAAGCUCGUAUACGCGUACCGCCCGCCGUCGUGCUUGGAAGCGCUCGUCGUCAAAAACACGAAGAUCGCUUUCCACCCGUGGACGGUCUUGGCGCCGGUGGUUCUCGCGCUUGCGCCGACCCGCGUCGCAUGGUGCGACGCGCUCUUGCAGGCCAAUGCCACGACUUGCGAGGUUACACCGUUUGACGUCGACGCUGUGGAAAUGGCUGACGAAGAAGACGACGACGUCAAGGUUGUCGCCAGCGAUGCGGCCAACGUGCUUUGCGCCCUCGAUGCCAUGGACGCACUCGACUUGGCGACGCUACAGCGUAUCUUGGCCAUGGCGCGCCGCACGGCGUCGGAAGCACUCUGGUUGUUUUUCAACGCAGUGCCGGCGGCGGCCCCGCGCUACCUCGACCUCGUCCUCUCGCAUGUGGUCGAUCCCGAUGCGGCGACGCUGCGGGACAUGGUUCUGAACCAAACAACCUACACGAUCGAGACGCUCGCACGCUGGUCGCCGGCGUCGCUCGACCCGCUGCAUGGUUUGAUGUCGGGCCGCGACGACAACCCGGACCUGCACCGCGCCUUUCUGCACCGCCAGCAGCGAGCGGCGACGCCUUUCGACCGAGAGCUCGCGCUCACGACGCUCCGCGCCCUCGAGGCCGAGGACAACGUGGUGCAAAACGAGCCGGUGGACGUGGACGUUGACUUUGAGCCUUGCUGUGCCCGCUGCGAUGAGUUGGAUGAUUUUCUCGACUCGCCGGCGAUGGUGACGUGGAACAGCCCACGGCCAGUGUGCAUCACCAUCAGCCGGUUUGCCACGAACCACGCUCAUGUGAUCGACAUGAUCCACAUGUACGACCUGACCGUCGUGACGAAGCGGCUGCCCCAGCGCGAGCGCCGCGACCAAGGUGCCAUCAUGAUGGAUUGGCUCCAGCGACGCCUCGCCGAAUACAACGACGCGCACCAGUGCGCCAACACCGUCGAUGGCAACAACACCGUCGAUGACGCCGAUGAUGAGCCCGCGCCUAAGCGCGUCAAGGCGCAGUAG